GCCAUAUUGCUGGCGUACCUGUCAAUUCAUAAUGUUACGAUAAUAAAAUAUUAUUUUAUUUUUUAUUUUUCUCAUUUAAAUUUAAGUAGUGCAAAUCGAGAAAAUUUAUUAAAUUUCCAAAACUGUGUAUAAUUUCAAUAAAAAUAAACCAUUAUAUUUGCUUCGAAUCAACACAAGAGAGUAGUGAAAAUAAGUGGUGGGCACACAGUGGUGAAGUGACAACCAAUACACAUCACAUCGAUUCGAUUUUGUAUUGAAUUUUUCAAAAGCUCAUUGAUUGUUUUGAUUUGAAGUAUUCAUACAUUCAAAAGAAUACAAAAGGAGUUUUCACUUCACACAUCACGUCAAGGGGGAGAAUUUUCCGCAAAUUUAUCAAAAAGCGAAAAGAAAAACAAAACCAUAACCAGUUCAAGGAGUUUUUCCAUUUUCAAAAUAGAAUACAGAGAGGCAAACAAUGACAUGUCAACCAGCUUCAUUUGUAACCGGCGAUCCAUACAUGUUCAUCGACUCACCGAUCACAACAACAUACUUUCAUUCGCCGACGCCAAAAUUAAGUACACCGAUGAAAACAACGGAACAAAUAUCAAAUGAAGGAACGUACGCAUCAAUACAAUCUCAUCGUCACGAGUUGAGCCACAUAAAUGAGCCAGGCAAAUUAAGCCCGGAAACAAUAUACACAAAACAGAUAAACACACCACAUUCAAUAACCACUAUAUCAAAAACAAUCAACAAUUGUGAACCAAGUAAAUGGAAUCGUUCGUUGUGUGGUCAAAAUACAACUGUUUUGACAGCAAAAAUUGCAACGCCCGUCGCAUCCACAGAGCGAAUUGUGAACAAAGCCAAAGAUUGGUAUUCAACAAUAUCAUCAACAGCAUCAACACCAUCAUCAUCAAUAGCGGCGAAAAAAUUCAAUCACAUAAAUUUGGAUUUGGCCAAAGAACAACGGAAACCAAUCAUAACGGAAAUGUCAACAACGGCCAAAUCGUUUAACUUUGAACAUGCCGCAUUGAGUCAAAAAUUUAAUCAUUCCAGCAGCGAUGUAAAAACGAACGCUUUUAAUAGGGCAAACAGCAUUGAACAGCAUCAACAUCAUAAAAUCGAACCAAAGCAAAUAAAUCCACAACAAAAAUUGAUAAAAUCAUCAACAUCAUCGAUCGAAAUUUAUCGCCGGCAACAAAAACAACACCAACAACAUUUUCAGACGCAAUCAUUCAAUGGAAAUGAUGGCCAUGCGGUAUCUGAUAACGCUGUAACCGAAUCUUUACAUAAAAGUAUUACAACCAUCAAUUCACAAUCGAAUUUAGGAAAUUCAUCAACGUCAAAUCAAACAAAACAAACGUUAUUAUCAUCGUCGUCGUCAUCGUCGUCGUCGACGCCAACAUCCGAACGACGUUCAAAGAAACAAAAAGCCACCGUCAAUACCAAACGUGAUGAGAAAAUAAAAAAACGUAACACAAACGGCGAAAAAAUAAAUUUUCCAACAUUACGAAAAGUUAAAUAUGAUUUAGCCCAGCCACGUACACCGUUAAAAUCCAAUGAAAAUGGAGGAACGUUCGAUUCGACCCAUAAUGCGUCGAAUAAUGCAGAGAGAUUAUCUGAUAAACGAAUGGACAAGGAAUGGCAUUCACCUGAAUCGUACAUUUAUGAUGAUAUCAGUAUCACCGACACAACAUUUGCUGCUGCUGCCGAUUGUGGUGGCAACGGUGGUAGCAACAAUUCAGCCGGUGGUGGUAGUGGCAGUGGCAAUGCUGAAUUUGCAUCGUGCAUGCAAACAUUUUGGUUUCGUGAUAUACCUAAUGAGAAUCUGCUAACGCGCGAACAACGAUUGGAAAAUAAACGCGAUAACCUUCGUCGGCAAGCAUUUCAAUAUGCACAGGCGCAACAUUUUCGGAGUACGAUUUUAGCAAAACGACGUAUAAUUACAGUAACAAAAGCAUUAGCCAAAUUUAAAAAUGAACGGAAUAAAAUUGCGCCCACGAAAUGUAGCGUUCAAUCGUGCUCAAAUGCAGCAUUAGCAAUGACUGCAUAUUGUUAUUUACACAUUACGCUUAAUAAGGAUCAAAAACUAUUUCAUCCUUGUACUGCAAAAUUUUCGGAUAAUUCACAAUGUCGUGUACCUGUUUUCGAUAUAAGCCAUGAGCUGCCGCUAUGCCGUGAACAUGCAUGGAAGCGCGAUAACUAUAAUCGAAUUUCCCAAGAACAAAAACCGAAGAAAAGCUUAAAAAUUAAGACCAAAACAAAUGAAUCGGUGCGACAGCCGAAACGAAAUAAGAAGAAAAAGCGACGUAAUCAUUUGGUGGUGGCCGAAUCGCAGGUGAUCCCAAAGCAUUCACCGAUACCGCCAACGUCGCAACAUCAUCAUCAAAAUCAUAAUAAUCAUCAUCAUCGUCCUCAUCAUCAACCACAACAAAUAGAACAGCAUCAGCAUCAACAUCAGCAACAGCAACACUCAAAGACAAUAGGUCAAUUUAAUGUAACAAAACAAAGUAUGCAGCCAACAAUAAAUGUUGUAUGGAAUCAAGAUUUGUUCCGAAAAAACAUUGAAAAUCCGAUGACAUCAACACCAACGAUGACAACAACGGCACAAAUAAUAAGUGCAAAGGCACAUACACCGUCAACACAUGUAACCACCGGUGGUAACCACAAUAAGUAUCUACCCGAUAAUGUGAUGGUUUAUCAACUCAGUAAUUCAAUGCCGAACGCAUCAAAGAUAAAAAUUCAAAAUAUUAUAUCGGUCGGCGGUGAAAAUAGUUCGGCAUAUGAAAGUUCAGAGGAUACAGGUGUCGGUGAACUGAGUGAAUCUGAGUUGAUGACCGCACAAGAUGGCAUCGAAAUCCCGCUGAGUGAUGCUAGACUCCUCGAAGAACAUGAUUUAACGAAUGUAUUAAAUCAAUUACCAGUGGACGCUUUCAAUGACUUGUUCCAAGUGCAACAACAUGAACACUAUGAGCCCACACAAAAAGAGCAAGAUGAAUUGGCGCGUGCACUUGAGGAAGUCGACGAACAGGUUAAAUCGCUCGAACAAAUGACCAGUUCAAGUAAUUUUCUCGAGAGUUUUCUCGAUGUUAACGAUGAGAUACUGGACGGUUCCGAUAUUUGUGACGAAGUGUUAACAACCGCAUCGGUUAAAAAUGAUAUACGUGGCCUCGUGCAUACAUAAUACUAAUAAAAGAAGAAGAAAUAGCCGCCGCAUAUGACAGGGAUAUAUAGAUAUAUAUACAAAAAACACAAACACAUGCAUAUAUAUAUUUAAAGGCAUUCUUUAUGAAUAAAAAAAAACAUUCAUUUAGAAUAGGAAAUCUAUAUAUAUAUUUAAAAUGAAAAACAACAAAAAAAACUAAACUAAACAAGCUGAAAUCGUUUCAUGUAUACACAAAUUGCACGGACUCUUCUUAGCUGUGAAAGGCUUCUUUUACGUAUAUAUAUAAUUGUACUAGACUAAUAAUUUAUCUAAUAUCAUAUCUUUUUUCGGUGGAGAUGUUUUUAAUCCUUUGUGUUGCAACACCAACAUUUAUCGUUUCUUUUUUGUUUUAAAUAAAUUAUUAUUUUUUUAUUUAAAAUCACAUUUAACUUGAAGAGAAAGAACAGGAACAUAUAUAUGAGUAAUGCACUUUAACAAUAAAUUUUACAUGUCUCAAUAAACGUGAAAAAGAUGAUGAAAAAAGAAAAAAAAAACAAUAAUUCGCUGCCAUCUAAACAAAUUGAUUUUUUCCUAUGGAUUCCAACACAUUACAUGUUUGUGCAUAACAUGUGGAUACACUUUCAUCACAGAUGCAGUGAUCGAGUUUAGAUUCAUUCUUGUUUUUGGAGAAAAGCCUUGAUUUAUCGAUGAACAAAAACAAAAAAAAAAUUCCUAGCAAAGCAUCGAUUUUAAACAAUUUUCAAGAAAGUGAAUUAUUUUCUUGCGAUAAAUAUAGCGAUUUCUAGUCAAAA